UACUUCAAUUUGCUCAGAACCAUGCCCAACCGAAGAGUCUUCCCUCUUCCUCGUAUUUCUUAAUAUGUUGCACGAUGUGCUAUUGUUUUAUUUGUAUUGUAAGACUGUUCGGUUAACUGAGAAGUAAAUAUGAGUACUUUUUCUUUUCUCUAUCUUGGCAGUUAUGUUUAGGAUGCCGUUGCCUAUGAAUGUCAUUGGCGCAAGGAUAAUGUGGAGCGGCAGUUUCAUAGAAGCCCACUGUCAGAGGGUCUUGAAACAUUGCAGGCUUUAUUUGCACACAGAUUUUCAUAGCAAACAAUUCUACACUCCACGAAGAGCUAUUCUGUAUGUACCAGGAGAUGAUGAACGGAAAAUUAGAAAAGCACUUUCCCUAAAAGUGGACUGCAUAGCAUUGGAUUGUGAGGAUGGAGUUGCAUCUAAUAGAAAGAACGUCGCUAGGUCUACAAUAAGGCACUUCUUGGAUAAAGAAUGUGUAUCACAACAGUUUUCAGAGUGGACAGUAAGAGUAAAUUCAGUAGACAGUGGGAUGUGUGAAGAAGAUUUAAGAGUAAUUUUGACAGGACCGCAAAAGCCACCAACAUUACUGCUUCCAAAAGUGGAUUGCAUUAAACAGCUGCAAUGGUUUGCAGACAAACUAAGCGUAAUCAUAGGAGAUGAGAGGAAUAAAAUAAAGAUGAACUUAAUCUUAUUUAUUGAAUCAGCCAAAGGAAUAAUGGACUUACCCACAAUAUGUCAAAAAUCUAUUGAACUGGCUGAAAAGUCAUGUUUUUUACCUGUUGCAUUGAUCAUUGGAAGUGAUGACUUGUGCGCUGAUCUUGGUAUUUCACGGUCAGAUGAUGGUUAUGAAAUACUGUAUGCUCGCCAGAGGCUUGUGUUAAUAGCAAAAGCUUUCAACUUUCAAGCAGUUGAUAUGGUUGACAUUAAUUAUAAAGAUCUGCCUGCUUUGAAGAAACAUUCUAUAGCAGGAGCAAGAAUGGGUUUCACAGGAAAGCAGGUUAUACACCCUAAUCAAGUGCGUAUAGUGCAAGAUGCCUUUUCACCUACACCAGAAAAAGUACAGUGGGCAACUGAUCUUAUUGCAGCCUUCAAUGAACAUCAGCUCAAAGGGAAAGGAGCUUUUGUCUACAAGGACUCCAUGAUUGACAUGCCCCUUCUUCGCCAAGCCCAACAUAUUAUACAGCUAGCAAAAAUGGACAAACAUAAUUUGCAACAGUGAACAAGAUACAGUGACAGUCACAUAUCAUUAAUAGCGAAGAAACAGUAAAAAAUAAGGAUACAUUUGGAAUUUACUUCAACUAUGAUUUCUCUCAACAAACUACUAUGUUUCGAAACAUGAUAUAUCAACGAAAAUGUUUAACAGAAUUGAAGACAUAAGAUUAUGAAAACUGGGCUCUAGUAUUCCUAGACUGAAUCUCAUAAUGUACAAAGAGUAUUAACCAUGUAGUAGACAACCAUUAUCAAGCGAAAGAUGCGUUGAGGUUUUUUUUUUGCAAGAUCGGUUAGAUUUGCUUACUAUCCAUCACUCAGUCUUAGUGUGGCAUACAAAGGAGUGGUAUAAUGUAAUAGGAUAGAUAUAAAAUCUACUCACAGUGUGGCAGCAGGAGGACACACAUAUACAACGUAUAAAUGUUUGCACGCUUUCGCAGUUAGGGGAUCCUUCUGGCAGAAGAGUUGCAAGAAAAGGAAGAGUGGUGAAGAAAAAUGACAGGUGAGGUUUAGAAAAGGGGUAAUUUGGAGAAGUUGCUCAGAAUCCAGGGUAGAUGUACUAGGUGGGAUGACAAGAAAAGAGUAGAUUUUUCUCUCUCCAGUUACAUUAUAUUUUCAAAAAUUGAUUUUUCUAUAUGCAAAAGAGUGAUGUAUUCGGCAAUCAAAAUUUUUGAUCCCUUACACAGCAAUGAAAAGAAUUUAACACACAUUAAAAUUUGCUUCAAACACAUAAAUCAAUGUCUAUACAAAUAAAACAGUACGGCAAUCAUGUAAAUGGUGGCAAAUUUCCAAAUUUUUCAGUAAAUUGUAAAACUGACUCAUUCCACAUCAUAGUGAGAUGUCAUACUUAACGAUCUAUGGAGCUUGCAAAACUGACUAUUGCACAAAAUACAGUGUAUUUUAAAAAGAUUAUGCCUACCUCACAAGUCAAUAUAUUCACAUGAAUCAAGAUAGAAAUUUGGGUCAGAAUUUUAGUUUGGCACCAGCCAUGUUCACAUGGUCACAAUACCGCCAGCAAGUUCGCUCGCUACAGGAAAUGCAUCCCUGGAUAUUUUUGAGAUCAGGCUUUUUGCACAGUUGUGAGAACAUGCUAAAAAUUUGGUUUUUCAACAGAAUCGAUGCACUGGUAUAUGAUGUAAGAGCACUUUUUAAUGAUGAGCUGCCUGUGUGAUGGAUGGGCCGUAAUGGGCAUAUGAAUUUUGCAUUUCACUUUUGGCCUCCAAGGUCACUUUAUCACACAGUAUGUGAUUUCUUUUUUCUUGUAGUGGAUUGUGAAUAACUGCACCUAUGUGAUUCCUCUUCCAACAAUUUGGAUGGAUUCAGAUGCUGCAUAGCAACGCCAAUUAAUGCACAACUCCAGACAUGCUCAUAAAAAUAUUGAUUAUAUUUAGACUCUCAUCUGGAUCUUUGUUGUGCACACAAUUGAGCAUUUGUGAAAGGUAAAUUAAAAUUUUGAUCCCAGACAUAAUUGUAAAAAGAACCACACGAUUUUAUAAGCGUACACAAUUGUAAAAUUGGAUGGUUGUUUUUGAAAAUAAAAACUUUGUAGCACCUGCAGUACCUUUGUUUAGUAAUGGUAAUAGUUACUUCCACACCACACCCUACUCAGCUGUGCAGGAGUGAGAGCUGACUUGCUGAUGGUAUUUCACUGUCAGUGGUCAUAGACUGCAAACAUGCUGUAUUACAUAACAACAUGAUAUUUAUAAUUCACAAUUGUUGAAUUUAGGAGGCAGGUUAUACUGAAGUUGAUAUAAUUCAGAUAAAGAACAAAAAAUUAAUAAUGACAGUUACCAUACUGAAAAAGGUACAGAUUCUUCCUGCUCCUGGAGUCAGUUCAAGGAGAUGCUAUCGGAAAAAAUGAAAUGAUGAAUGCUGAUCCUUUACCAGCUGAUGUCCAACUACACUGAAUUCCAAAUUAGAUAAUCUCUCGAAGCGACUGUUUAAUCAUACAGUAUACGGGAAUCCCUGCUGUAGAUGUCUCACAUGCUAGAAACAUCCUACUUCUCAAAAGAGAGGUGCCACUUAAAUGUAUAUCAAUCAGGAACACAGUGAACUGUGUAGGAAUCUUCCAAGGAUUGCGAUGUGAGCAAGGGGAGGGGGCAAAGGAACAAGUAAUAGAUUCUGUUAACUGCGUCUAAGGUACACCAUUCUGAACCACUUUCUGAGCAGAAGCUAGCAUCAAGUUUUUGACAAAAAUUAUUACAUGUGAUGAAGCACGGUGUUGUGUGUGUGACCCAGAAACUAAGUGACAUCUUAGCCAGGGGAAGACUGCUUCACUGCUAGAACCAACAUUAAAUUUUUAUGAAGGGGUAGUCUGAUAGGAAUUUGUUCCCCAAGAUAUCUUAGUUAAGCAGCAUUACUACCUCACAGUAACACAGUUCUUUUUGCAAGCAUAAGGCAUUCCACUUAAAAGGUCAAGUCUCAGGCAUCAGUUGACAGAUUUUUUACAGUGCUGUAGGUGAGGUGAGAUAAAUCUAGGUCAAGACCAUUUUAAUAGUUUACUGUACUAUAAAAGAGAUUCAAUGUUAAAAGAGUGUGUAUCUGUAACAAUUUAACCAACCAUGAAAAUAUCACAAGAAUCAGCCUAGACUUUCAACUAACUUAGUCGACAUAUCUGGGCUAAACAUUCCAAAGAGAUGGGACUCUGUUGCCUUUGAAACCAUAUAUGCUACUGAAUGUUGAAGACACAUUCAGAAUGUUUAAAGCAAAAAAUGUUCCUACACAGAUGUACCACAGUACCUUCUGGAAGCUAGCAAGUUGUCUCAACUUUUAAAAGACCCGAGAUCUAUAACAAAUUUGAUAUAAAAUAUAACUACUAGAA